AUGGCUCCAAACGACGACCAACUCGCAACUUUAGUUCCAGCCGAGAUAUCGGAUGGGCCAGAGAGUAUACCGAGAGCCUCUUCUCCUCCGAACGUGCCCUCUAGAGAAGACGGCGUAGCGUUUGCGUGGAACCCGUCGUCGAAAAGUCUUUGCCAGACACAUUCUAUUUCUAUUGACGAAUCACACCCUCUUAUGAUUCUACAUAAUCCUCGAUUCGACAUACUAGAACCAACAUGGACUCGCAUUCAAGAAUUCCUAAAGCUUGAGACCCCCGGCUCGGAGAAUCUCAUCCUGCCGUCCCUGGAAGUUGCGAAUGUGUUUUUGGGGCUAUUUUUUGAGGUUUUCUAUGAACAAAGUCCUGUACUACACUUACCAACACUUACGGUUGAUUGUUUACCGUCACCUUUACUCUCCGCCAUGAUCAUUAUCAGCGCCACAUACAGCCGUAUCCGGCACACAAGGCGCUUUUCCAUACUCAUGCUCGAUAGAGCUCGUCAGAAUCUUCAAGCACUGAUCGAAGUCGACAAAAGCUUGACUAGACAUCCUGAAACUAUCUAUGCAUCUUCUCUCCUAGUGUAUACUGGGCUAUGGUGCGGAAACAAAGGGGCAUUUGAGACUGCCGAAGCAUUCCGAGGAAGUUUGGUGACAUACUUCAGACGUCUGUUCCAACCGAAAACAAAAGUUGCAGAUGCCGCAGGCAGUCGUGUUGAGGAUCAUUGGAGAGCGUGGGCAACAUCUGAGUUCAAGCGCCGUUUACGUUGGUAUGUAUACAUGAUUGACUCACAGUUCCCCGCCAUUUUGAACAUCCGGAGUAUGAUGUCUCUUGCAGAGGUCGCUAGGUGGGACUGCCCGGGUGAUGACGUGUCAGAGCCCUCCCGGAUAGGGGCUAUCUGGGAAGCUCAAGUCAAAUCCUUGGGGAGUUCAUCGGCACCAGAGUUUGGCAUUCUUUGCAAGGCUCUGGCAGACAAAAGAAGACCUCAUUCCACCAAUUUGACACGAUCAGUCUCUACUAUUACUGAUAACAUCAGUCCGUGGACACAGUUUCUGGUUCUAAGCUCUUUAGCUAGUCAGGCACUGGACUGGUCACACGAUUGGUCAGUACAGGUCGGCAGUGACCUUGCUAUGCUCCAAGAUAAGGGCCGUGAUUGCCAUCGAGAAGGUCUCCGGAUACGAGACAAUAUCAUCGCAUCUUUGGAAUCAUGGGAGUUCUACUACGGCACCAAGCACAGUGACAACGUGAUCCCGGAUGGGACGCAAAGUCCAGUGCUGUACUUCCAGAAAGCAUCUCACAUACUCCGUGGCCUAGUGAACAUUCAACUGCAUACGUGCGUUGUUGAUUUGCAAGAUGCUCUCGGAAAAGGCGGAGCAAGUGCUGUCGAUGAAAGCCUGAGCCGGCUUCGAAUCUAUUUCACAAAUGGGUACACCGGUUGUGUUGGCUCACAUCGAGAGCCGCCAUAUGAGUCCCUAGACACCUUCGCCAAAUCGGUCAUGGAAACUGCAUCUAUCAUGAGCAGCCCGACAUUACAGUCUCCCACACCUUAUAGUAUCUUUGGAGUCUUCCUAAAUCACGUCUUGCAAUGGGCGUUUCUAAAAAGCAGCCCCGAAACGUUAAAGUCGCACCUUCGUAACCAUCUCCAAGUGAUAGCUUCCUCGUACCACGGACAGGGCGUGUCGGAGCUCACAGGAAUACUUGAUUUCGGGCUCUCUACAGCAGAUCCGACAGAAAUAAACAGGGACAGAAGCCACUUAGUUCUCAUGCAAGCUGCGCAGAAUUUGGCGCUACUUGGUACUUGGGGCGCAUCGCUGAAUCUGGCACUUCUGCUUCAAUUGAGAGCGAAAACUUAG